CUUGCUGACUUGUGCAAAGAUGGCGGCGGUGACCAGAGGCUCCUUCACGGUGUUCCGGCGAUUGCUGAGUCAGCAGUACAGACGUCGAUGUUCCCAGCUGCCGAGCUCCAACUGUGGGAGAAGUCACAGAAGUCUCCAGCCUCUGGUCUUCAGGCGAGACUUUGGCCUGCAAGUGUUGAGCAGCAGAGCGCUGCAUACCAGCUUAGUGACUCAUGGACCCAUUGUUCAGUUCAAACUGUCAGACAUCGGCGAGGGAAUCAUGGAGGUGACGGUCAAGGAGUGGUAUGUGAAGGAGGGAGACAAAGUUUCCCAGUUUGACAGCAUCUGCGAGGUCCAGAGCGACAAGGCCUCUGUCACCAUCACCAGCCGCUACGACGGGGUGAUACGAAAACUCUACUAUGACGUGGAGGCGACGGCCCUGGUGGGGAAGCCUUUGGUGGACAUUGAAACCGAGGCCAGUCCAGAGGUGAUUCCCGAGGAGGAUAUCGUGGAGACGCCAGCCAUGGCUCGAGAAGAACACACCCACCAAGAGAUCAAGGGUCACAAGACACAAGCUACGCCUGCUGUCAGACGGCUUGCAAUGGAGAACAACAUUAAACUCAGUGAGGUUGUUGGGACAGGUAAAGACGGGCGCAUCCUAAAGGAGGACAUCCUAAACUUCCUGGCAAAACAGACUGGGGCCAUUUUGCCUCCAGCUCCUUUCCAGGAAAUACACACUCCAGGGCCCAGUCCUCCCCCAGCAGCUGCAGCAGUCAAACCAGUCAGCACUCCAGCCACUUCCAAACCUCCACCUGCCAUGCCCAGGCCCGUGUUCACCGGGAAAGAUGUGAAAGAGCCCCUAAAAGGGUUCCACAAGGCCAUGGUGAAGACCAUGACAGCUGCUCUGAAGAUUCCUCACUUUGGUUACUGUGACGAGGUGGACCUGAGCCGCCUGGUGGCUCUGCGAUCUGAACUCAAGCCCAUCUCUGAAGGUCGAGGGGUCAAGCUGAGCUACAUGCCUUUCUUCAUCAAGGCUGCUUCACUCGGACUCCUUCACUUCCCGAUCCUCAACUCCUCCCUGGAUGAAGCCUGCCAGAACAUCACGUACAAGGCAUCUCACAACAUUGGCCUGGCGAUGGACACCAGUCUGGGUCUGCUGGUUCCCAACGUGAAGAACGUGCAGCUGCUGAGUGUCUUCGACAUCGCCCAGGAGCUGAACCGCCUGCAGUCGCUGGGUGCCGCUGGACAGCUGGGAACAUCUGACCUGACCGGAGGCACCUUCACGCUGUCCAACAUCGGAUCUAUCGGCGGCACCUACGCCAAACCCGUCAUCCUUCCACCAGAGGUCGCUAUUGGAGCUUUGGGGAAAGUACAGAUUCUUCCACGGUUUGACGCCAGUGGUCAGGUGACCCGCGCUCACAUUAUGAAUGUAAGCUGGUCAGCAGACCAUCGCAUCAUUGACGGUGCAACAAUGUGCCGCUUCUCGAAUCUGUGGAAGGAGUACCUGGAGAACCCAGCCACCAUGGUGCUGGACCUCAAGUGAACACAUGAACACUGGAGACCGCCCCCCCCUCCCAUGGCCCUCGCUCCCUCUUUCAGUUGGAGGCCUUACUCCGUCGGUUGCCUUUGAGCAAAGGCUUUUGGAGGCGGCGUCAGGUGGGUCUCCCUGUGGACCAGCUGCACACACUCAGAGGAGGUAUGGGGUACUUCUUUGGAUCCUGGGUUUCCAACAGCACAUUAUUUGACUGUUUCCCGCUCUUUGCCGUUCGGGUUGUCGUUACCAUGGAAACCAGCUGCUAGGAAGAGCAAAAUCUUUUAACCUUUACAUGAAUUCAAACCCACUGUAUAUCAAUUGUCAGGGAUCUUAACCUGGGAAGCUGCAAGACAAGGACGGUAAAUGAUGGUUAAAUCAUAUGAUACCUGAGUAGUUCCUGCAGUUUUAUGGAUGGUUAUUUUGUGUAUUGUUGUGGCACCUCUGUCGCCCGUUUCUCUGGACCUCACACUUCAUGUUGUGUUUGCCUUUAGUUGAUCAAAUCUACCAAGUUUAACUUGGAUUGAAUUCAAAUUUAAACACUGUCUUCGCCCACGAGGAAACACUUAAAGCCCCUUUUAUCCCCACAUUCAUUUAAUGAUUGCCUUCUUCCAAUUUGAAGGUAAAGCCAUUCAUCUCUUGUCAAGAGCAAAUUUGAAUGGCCACAUGUCGACCUGUGUGGUUAAAUUUGUCAUUGACAGGCAUCUUGUAUUUAGUGUUCCAUGAUGGGGAUUGUCAAAUUAGUCAAUUUAUACAAAAUUAGGAAAAUAAUCAAUUAUAUAUGUGAACUCAGAAAGAUUAAGUGGCAAGCAAAUUCAUGACGAUUCCAACAGAAGUUGCAUAAAAUAAAAAGCAAUAUCCGUAUAUUAUAUUGAUUCUUCCUCAUUUUAUUAUCUGAUGAUUUAAAAAAAAGUGCUGUUUACAGGUCAGAUUUGAGGUUUAACAUGUCUGUUAUUGAUAUAUUGUGUCCUCAUAUUGGAAAAGCACUUUGAAGUUAUCAUGAAAUAUUUACUGGAUCAGGAAUAGAUGGCUGAAAUCAUGUGGGUUGUCUAAAACUGAAUCAAAUUUCACCAAAAUUAUUCAGAAGACAGCUUACUCAAAUGAGAAUCCUCCUUUGUUAGAACUCUCUUCUUUAAGCACUUGGAUUGUCUGGUUACAGGUAAAUGACGUGUCUUGUGUGAAAGUGCAGUCACUGAGUGAAAUAAUAAGUUACUGUAAUGCUCUGAUGACCUCGCUUGAAGGGCAUUUUAGACCAAGUAGGAGGAGAUUCCACUGUGAGGGUAUCACAGCUUCAACCAUCAACUAUCACGUCUUUAUAUGUCGCGACUCAUUUUCACCCUGCAGGCUGUGAAGGCCUCCAAGGUUUACUUGCCUGUGUCACCAGUGAAGUGAUGAUGUCUGGAGGUUUGAUGAAGAUGGCUAAAUGUCUUUUGUCCUACUUAUGGUCAGUGUGAGGCUGAAUGUUGCGCCAACCGCUAUGUGCCUUUGAGCAAUGCAUAGUCAGCCAGCUAUAAUAAAAAAGUCAUAGGCUAAGCAUUGGAGAGAAGUAUGUGCAACUAGCUGGUUAAGAGAUGCUUCAUUCAUAACCAUCAUUCAUCACUGUCACCCGCCAGUGGCUGAACAUGUAAUGUGAGAUUUUGUUUUGUCAAAAACAUUACAACAAUCUUCAAAUUCAAAAUCAUGAUUGAAGGUGCAGUUUUGGGGUGCACUGGGCCUGCAGGAGUCAGUAGCUGUGAAAGGUUGGUUACACGUAGGUUCAGACAUACCCACAUGACUGCUCGUGUCUAUCCUUGUGCUUCGGCGACCAAUUCUCUCCCCAACUGGUUCACUUGGUCACUACACUUCCUGCUUUCUUCAUUUUAGUCUCUGGUGUUUGUUCUAUGCUGAGUAAAUGUGUCUGAAGGUUAGUCUUCAGCUCUUCCAGCAGCUGGAUGUUUGUCCCUCCUGCUGGACUUUCCGGGGGCUGCUGGGUAUCGACGCCGGCGGUGUGUCCACAUGGUGUCUUCCUGUGUUACAUGACUUUUCUUUGUGUGUGGUAGCGACUGAGUCAAUGUAUAAAAGUAAAUGUUGGAUUUUGUAUUUUAAAGGGGUUGUUCUUGAUCCAGUCUGGUAGUGUCUUCAGCCUGGAAUGUUUGCAGAUGAAAUAAAGUU